AUGCAGCCAAAGCAACAAGGUGAACCUUGCUCUGUGGAAGCUGCACCAGGUAAAAAGGUGUACAGGUUCCCGUCUCAAGGUUCUAAUGGCAGGUUCCAGUCGCAAGGUUCUUCUGGCGUUCAGGCUGACGACACCUUCGGUGGAAGUGAAUACUACUUCUCCUGGAAGCACGAUGGUGGUAAGGAGUACACUGGUAGUGCUGCUGCCAGCUUGUGUUCCAGUCUGGGUGGCGGGUGGCAGGCUGUGGGUAUCAGCUCCCAGGAAGAGCUCAAUUACAUCCAUGGCAUUAUUGCCAGAGAGGGUCUGGACUACAUCUGGACUGGCGGUAACAAGUCUGGGAACGGCUUCAAGUGGCGGAAUGGCGAACCAUUCAGCGUUACUGGCUGGUCACACACUGGAUUGAACCGCAAACCUCAGCCAGACAACCGUGAAGGUGGCAAGGAGAACUGCCUGGCCAUCCUUAACAACUUCUACAAGGAUGGCAUCAAGUGGCACGACGUAGCCUGCCACCACCUGAAGCCCGUCAUCUGUGAACGGCCCCCAAGGGGGGGU